AUGAGAGGACAGUUUUCCAUCGAGUGGAUGGCCCAGAGCAGCCAGUCCUCCGGCACAGAGAGCUCAGCCUCUGGACCCGCCGCCUGUGGGACUCAUUCAGAGAGUCUGCCGGGCUUUUACUGCAGGCAGAAGUCAGAAAAUGGACCCGAGCAGCAAGAAACCAGAAACCAGGGCCUCAAUUCAAUCAGUCUACAGCACCAAACCUCCCACAAUAAUCAAGUAACCGAGAAAUGCUUCAGCAGCGGGACAGAGGAGGAAACAUCCGGCUACGAGAGUGAAGGGGGUCGCUCCCUCUCCCCCUCGGCCCCCACUGACUGCACCUCCACCCCCCCGGUAUCCCCUCCAUUAGGGAGGAGACCCCGUACGGCCUUCACAGCAGAGCAGAUCAGCAGCCUGGAGAGGGCCUUCAAGAGAAACGCUUACCUGGGAACACAGGACAAAUCCGAGCUUUGCAAGAAGCUCAGCCUUUCUGACAAACAGAUCAGAAACUGGUUCCAGAACAGGCGGAUGAAAAUGAAGAGGACGGUGCAGGACGCCCUGGCUCACGCCUGCCAGGCAAACGUCGCCUCUCAGUUCAUGCAUUACCCCGAGCUGCAGGCCUACAGACCGGGACCCUACCCCAGAUAUCACUCUGCAGCAGCAGCCCAGGACGUCCAAGCCACUACCUCCUACAUCCACCCACACAGCCUGCAUUACAGCUCCCCUCUGCCCAGCGUCACCUCUCUGCCCCUGGACUCUUUCUACCAGUACAGCAGCCUCUCUGGAGUCAUUCUGCCGUCUGCCACAUCUCAGAUAAUGGGAUCCUACUCAGCUUACCCUCAGUAUUAUUGA